AUGGACUACGAACGAUGUCGCGAUCGCCGGCAUCCGGAUACAUGCCGCUGGCUACUGAAGAAGAAAGUUUACAAGGACUGGGCUUCCCCAGAAAAGCCAAACAGCAUCCUUUGGCUUACCGCAGCGGGCGGCAGGGGCAAGUCUGUCCUUACUUCAUUCGUCAUUGACCACCUAUCGGAGCGACAGAAAAGACCAGCUACACCUUACGUCAUGAUCACAUACGCAAAAGAGCGCAAUAGACAUCAGCUUUUUUCUCUAUUGGCCCUGCAACUCCUCGAGCAUGUCGUGGAGCAUGAAGGCGGGGUGGAAGCCGAGGCUCUCUCACUGCUGAGUUUGAGCGCCGUCACUGGCGACGGCAUGCAAAGGCUCAUUCGUCUCAUGGUUUCUCAGUGUUCCGAAGUUUAUUUCUUCGUCGACGGUCUUAAUGAAAUUCAACCAGACGAUACUGCAGAAUCUGACCGCGGUAAAUACGAGAAGCAACGUCUCAGGGAUGAUCUUCGAGAUACGCUUACCUGCAUAGCGAAUCUUGUACGAGACAAUUCGGAUACUUGCGUGCGUCUCUGGUGCAGCAGUCAACACUCAAGCGAAUUGAAUGGAUGGAUGCAGGGAAUGGAGGCGCAAGAACUGAUUGUUGACGAGCAGCUCGUGAGAUUGGAUAUCCUGGAAUAUCUCACAUGCAUCGGCGAUGUACUGAGCAAGUUCUCCAGUGAGGACAUCCCAACCAAGGCAAAGGUUUUGAUUAUGAUGAUUAUCGAAUCAGAGACCAAUUUUCGUUGGGCGAAUCUUAUGCUCGAGAAUCUCAAAAGGUGCCGGACGGCCGAAGACCUAGACAUUGCGGUUGACAUGGGCCUACCCAAGUCGCUGCGCCACCUUUACUUAGCCCGACUAAGCGACAUGCACGCCAUGGAUGUGAAUGAUUCUGAAGAGUUUCGUGCGCUUCCGCUAUCGAAGAAUCUUUUGUCACUUAUAACCCUUGCACGCCGCCCGCUCCGUUUGUCGGAGGUUCGAGAAGCAUUGUCCAUCAUUGCAUUCAAGCCUAGCUCAAUUGGUUGCCGUGACCUCAAUCAGGGCAGCUUGAUCCAGGCAGAAGGCUUGCUCGACCGGUGCUCUCCCCUCAUCGAUUUCAUACCCACUUCGCAGAACCCGGAGGAUGGUUACUUCCGCUUGUCGCAUGGGUCAGUUUUCGAAUUCCUCAAACCAAGAGAGAAAAACCACCAGGAAGAAUUACCCAUUGUGGUCGACCACAAUGUUAUAGCCAACGCUUGCCUAAGGUAUAUGUUUCAACAUCGCUAUGCGAAGCCUCUCAAGAAGAUUUCCAACACCCAGUUCUGUACGAACGCUGAAGGGCCCUCGGAAGACGUCCUGAAACACAGCUUUUUGAAAUACGCUGCCAAGUAUUGGUACAGGCACCUGGAAGUAAUUGGUCGUGAGCGUUGUACUGAGGUGAAGGCUUUCGUCCUCUCGCCGCAGUUUCUCACUACAAUCCAAGUCCAGAGUCUUUUCGUCGUGGGCCACUUCAUCAACACCCUCAAUGAGAAGAAUGCUCUCCAACACCGACUUCUCAAGCAGAAUCUUCCUGAAUGGUUUAGGAAAUGUUCUGAGGUCGUCCCAAUUGUCAGAAAUUACGAACACUUCCUCAAAGAGUGGAGCGACUUCCUGCGAUUGGGCAUUACAACUUUCAUGAAUGGAGAGAUUGACAGAGUGUUCUGGGGAGCUCUUGGUCCAAAUAAUUUCCUUUCUAAGCACGGUGUGGGGAUUCAACGCAACAAGAGCUACUUGCUUGAGACAAGUCACGCCAGCCACCAGAACUCCCAUGAAAGCGCCAUUGAGGAUAUGCAAUCCCAGUAUCUCUUCAGUAUCGUGAGUGCUGAUGGCAAGCGCUUGUCCCUCUGGAAAAUUCCUUUGAAGAGCUGUUGUGACCAAUCUGAGAAGCUGCGCAAGACGACGUUGGUGAGAGAGCUAUGGUAUAUAGACGGAGAUCGGCCCCCUUUCCAGUACGCUGUCGCAGAGACGCUGAGCUUUGAUCCGCAGCUCGUAGGGUGGAAUAGUGAUGGAAAAUUUUGGACAAGCAAUUUUGUUGAUCAGAUGGAAUCAUCACGGCACGUCUGGGAGGACAUCGUUACUGAUGGCGAGUACAUUGUUCGUUCCUGUCGGAAAUCCACUCGGCCAAGGGAGCGGGAGAGCCGAGCGAAAGGGAAAACACGAGCGGUAUCAGACGGGAACUCAUCUUCGGAAUCCGAGGUAUCGGAAGACUCGUGGAAUUCAGACGCCGAGUCUGGGCUCAGCAUAUUCAACGACGACUUACCUUCGGCUGAAGAGUAUCACGAUGGCAGUGACUCGAGCAGUGGUGAUUCGGAAUCAGAUGAUUCCGGCGAGCAAUCAGACUCAAGUUUGCAAAGAUUCAACGACGGAAAUCUCGCCAAGGGUGAAUAUGCUUCUAGCACGGCAUCACCGUCAUCUUCAUCUUCUUCAGCGUCAAAAAGGGAAAGUAUUCAUUCGGAUAUUGUCUCUGGUUCUGAACAUGGGUCGGAACAUGGGUCGGAAUCUCUAUUCUCACGUUCAUUCGCGACAUCACCGAUUGGAAGUCCAGGCGAUGGAGAUGAAUAUGCUGGCCAGCCCCGCAUUAAUACUGUCGGGUCUGGAGGGAUUCACAUAAUCUGCGAUUUGUGUGAUAAAAGUAUCACAGUUGGGCAGGAGAUCUUCAGUAGAGACUUCUUUCAAUGCAUCGAUGGGUGCAAUGAGACGAACGAGAAGACAAGUACAUACGACAUUUGCCAACGUUGCUACGUCCGCGGCGGCUGGUGUCUACAACGGACCCAUGUGCUUCGCAAGAUGCGGAACAAGAACACUCGUCACGGCAGAAUUCGGAACGUGCCGCUCGAGAUUAUCUCCUACGAAUGCGCUAGGCCAGUUGUCACCAUUAGCGUUCACCGAGUCGAUUUGGACACCUCUGGUCUCGUAUUCCGGUACACCAAUCCUUCCUCGGCUAUGCUGUACAGCUCACCACCUGUUCUUCAUCCCGCCGCACCUCUGAUGGUUUAUGCCCUGGACGGACAAAAGUUCAUCUUUGCCAAUUUGGAAGAAAACACAUAUUUCAUACAUGAAAAUCACCGCCUGUAA